UUGCUGAUGUCAGAGGACUGUGAUGUCAGAGGACAGUCAGCUGAAGAUGGCGAGCGCUGUGGCUGUGGUGGAGGAGACGGAGGAUUACUCCUUUUUACCUCUAAUUCACGAUAUUAUCAAAUGCAUGGACAAAGAGAACCAGGAUGUUCACCAGGAGUUAAACAGACUGAGAGCACGGAUUCAGGAGGCACGGGAGCAGAUUUCAGCUAUGCCUGGCAUUGAUGCGAGUCCAUCAGCACAGCAGCAGCGUCUGCAAACGCUUAGGGAUCAGGUUCGUACCAAGAACCAGCUCUUACACAAGUACAAGGGCCUGUGUAUGUUUGACAUCCCCAAGCCUUCCUGAGGAAGAGGAUCAGAGGAUUCUACAGAGUAAAUAAGGACAGAUGGAUUAUUUAUUGACAGACAAACUCAUCUGAAAAAGAACUGUUCCACACAAGGGACUGUGCUUUUCCCCAUCAUUCGUGUGACUUUACUGAUUUUGACUGUGCUUUAGUUGCUGUUAGAUAAUUUUUUAUUUUUUAUUUUUUACUGCUGAAAAUGUCAAAGCUGUGUCUAAUAAACCAAACAUAUUUUCUAAGAACA